GCAUGCUCGCGCGCGAGGCCAGGCCUGCUGUUUUUCUGACUAAGUCGGCCGAGCGCGGCCAUCUCGAGCCGAACGGCGCGGACAGACGGGCACUCGCGGCGGUCCGCGAAGCGCGAGAGGCGCCUCGUGAGCGAGCCGCAGGAAGCCGGAGCACCGGUGCGCAGCGCGGGACUCUGCGGAGGGCGAGGCGGUGGCGAGAGGCGCGUUUUGGCCGAAGGGAGAGACGGAGGCCUGUGUGACCCACAUUCGAUUCGGCUUCGCCGUGGGAAGCCUGAGUGAGGAGAGGAGAGCAGCAGAGCGGAGCGGAGGAGAGAGCCGAGCUGAGGCGAACCGAACCGAACAGAGCUGAGGCGAACCGAGCAGAGCGGCUCCGUGUCCCGCUCCGCUCCUUCGUCUCGCUCCGGUCUUCGGGGGAGGCGCUGUGACACCCUGAAAACACGGAACACGACGGACCCCCUGCCCUGUCCUCGAGGCACCGACCCCUGCAGUGUGUUGACCAGCUGCCAUGUGCCCGCUCUGCACUCAAACCCCUUUGAAAUUGCAGUGCCUAGACGACCCUUGGUAACCCCGCCCCUUCUGCAUCAUUGGACCUGCCCACCGAUCCCUGUCCAGCUCACUCAUCUCCCCUCUUCAGCUCUCAAGUGAGCGGAGGCUCUCGGUGGUCUCCGUCACACAGACCAAGGCCGGCGGUAUCGGAGGUACAUCCACAAAUGUCUACCUCACGAUUAAAGGGCCUCUUAGUACCGCUACGACCCUGAAUAAGUUACAAAAUGACCUCCAGCAUAGACCGGGAUGACUGUAGCAUCUUUGAUGGGUUGAUGGAAGAAGAUGAAAAAGACAAAGCGAAACGUGUGUCCAGGAACAAGUCGGAGAAGAAGCGACGUGAUCAGUUCAAUGUGCUCAUCAAAGAACUGGGUACCAUGUUGCCUGGCAACACCCGCAAGAUGGACAAGUCCACGAUCCUGCAGAAAAGCAUUGAUUUUUUGCGCAAGCACAAAGAAAUCGCCGCUCAGUCCGAGUCGAGUGAGAUCCGACAGGACUGGAAGCCUCCAUUCCUUAGCAACGAGGAGUUUACGCAGCUCAUGCUGGAGGCACUGGAUGGCUUUUUUCUUGCAAUAAUGACAGAUGGGAAUAUAAUCUACGUAUCGGAGAGUGUCACCUCCUUACUUGAACAUUUACCUUGUGACCUGGUGGAUCAGAACCUGUUGAACUUCCUGCCCUUGGGGGAGCACUCUGAGGUGUACAAAGUUUUGUCAACGCAGAUGCUUGAGGGCGAGUCGCUUACCCCAGAGUACCUGAAGACGAAAAACCAGCUAGAGUUCUGCUGCCACAUGCUCCGUGGGACCAUGGACCCAAAGGAGCCGCCGGUGUAUGAGUACGUCAAGUUCAUAGGAAACUUCAAGUCUUUGAACAAUGUGCCUAAUUCCACCAGAAACGGCUUAGAGGGAGUGAUCCAGAGAUCCCUGCGGCCCACCUUUGACGACAGGGUAUGCUUCAUUGCCACCGUGAGGCUUGCCAAGCCGCAGUUCAUCAAGGAGAUGUGCACUGUGGAAGAGCCCAACGAAGAGUUCACGUCACGGCACAGCUUGGAGUGGAAGUUCCUCUUCCUGGACCACAGGGCUCCUCCCAUUAUUGGCUACUUGCCAUUUGAGGUUCUUGGCACAUCUGGCUAUGAUUACUACCAUGUGGAUGAUCUGGAGACGCUGGCUAAGUGCCACGAACACUUGAUGCAGUAUGGGAAGGGCAAGUCCUGUUACUACAGGUUUCUCACCAAAGGGCAGCAGUGGAUCUGGUUGCAGACGCACUACUACAUUACGUACCACCAAUGGAACUCGAGACCCGAGUUCAUCGUCUGCACACACACCGUGGUCAGCUACGCAGAGGUGAGAGCCGAGCGCCGCAGAGAGCUAGGAAUUGAGGAGUCGCCCCCUGAGAUGGUUCCCGACAAGAGUCAGGAUUCGGGCUCCGAAUCGCAGCUCAACACGUCUAGCCUGAAGGAGGCCCUGGAGCGCUUCGACCGCAGCCGCACCCCAUCGGCUUCGUCCCGCAGCUCACGCAAGUCCUCAUCCCACACCGCGCUUUCGGACCCUGCCUCAACGCAAACUAAACUGCAGACGGACAGGAGCACCCCGCCCAGGCAGUCUGUUGCCAUGGAGAUGACCUCGCAGCGAAGGUCGUCCAUAAGCAGCCAGCAGUCAAUGAGUUCCCAGAACACGGGACCGAAUCUGGCAUCGGUUAUGGUCACGCAGCAGCAGCAGCAACAGCAGCAGUCAGUUCAACCCAGCGUCCAGCCAGCGCUGCAGUUCUCUGCCCAGUUGGGCGCCAUGCAACACCUGAAGGACCAGCUGGAGCAGAGGACCAGGAUGAUUGAAGCAAACAUCCAGCGCCAGCAGGAGGAGCUGCGCAAGAUCCAGGAGCAGCUGCACAUGGUGCAGGGACAGGGUCUGCAGAUGUUCUUGCAGCAGCCUGCAGGGGGCCUCAGCUUUGGUUCGGUGCAGCUGGCCCAAGGUGGAGGUGGUGCCCUCACCAUGCAGGGCCAGGUGCUCCCUGCCAGCACCUUGCAGAGUGGUGCCCAGCGGGUUAUUCAGCAGCAGCAGCCGCCACAAGCCCCUUCUACCCAGGCUCCGCCUCAGCAGGCUCCACCCCCACAGCAGACGCUGUCUCAGCAACCUCAGCAGGGCUCUUCCCUUUCACAGGCCCCAAGGUCCAGCCACACGCAGCAGCAGCCCGCCUCUCUCUACAAUGCCAUGAUGAUCUCCCAGGCUGCCCAGCCCGGCCCUGCCAGCGUGGUCCAACUUGCCACCAGCCUGGCCCAGAGCAGCAACCCCAGCGGCACUGUGGCCACCUUUGCAUCGGACCGGCAGAUCCGGAUUCCUGCAGGACAGCAGCUGCUCACCAAGCUUGUGACGGCCCCGAUGGCAUGUGGCGCGGUCAUGGUUCCAACGACCAUGUUCAUGGGCCAGGUAGUGACCGCGUACAAUGCCUUCGCUCCGCAGCCGGCCCAGCCGCAGGCCAUCAGCCUCGCGCAGCCGGCCCAGUCUGCGCAGGAGCACCAGGUGCAGUCCCAGACUGCGGCCGUUCAGCCAGGCCAGGCGUCCGCGCAACAGCCGACACAGUUCCUGCAGGCCCCCCGCUUGCUCCAUGGGAACCAGUCGACACAGCUGAUCCUGCAGGCCGCGUUCCCCCUGCAGCAGCCCAGCGCCUUUGCGCAGGCCCACCAGCAGCAGGCACCGCAGCCACCGCCGCAACAGAUGACCUCGCACAGGACUGACAGCAUGUCGGAGCGCUCCGGUGCGCAACCCCAGUAACUUGCAGACGCACUAGAGGGAGUGAGGCUGCGCGGGACAGACGGGUGCGUUGAACACGCAGUAUUCGGGCUCGACUGUGACGGCCCCUGGAAAAUUGGGCGGGGCCACACUGCGCCAGAACAGCUGGCCCUUCGCACUGAACCCUGGCAAGAAGGCGCUGCCAGUGACCAGAAGAGGACUCUUCACCGUGGCGCCAGGCCCAUAUCGUCCCCGGCUGACGGCGCUCGCUAACCCAAACCCCCCUCCACACACGCCCCACUCGUUCCCCACCUUCGCUGUUCUCAAGCAGCUUUAAAUUAUGCAGGUAGCGCGAGCAGUGAAGCUGCAAGGCUUCCCGUCUUUUUUGUGUUCAUGUGAAAUAAUUAUGGGUCAGAAAAUAUUUUUAAGAAUGUCAUGGAUUCAACUUUAUUGUACAGACACGUGUAAAAUAGUAUGUAAAUACCUGGAAAAAAGGAAAGAACUAAUAUUUUAUAUGAUGCAUGAACAGCGUAAUCUGUUAUUUGUAGCUUUGAAUAUACUUUUUUAGUACUCAAUGAGAAAAUGAGAACUAAAAACGCUAAGGCUGAUAUUUUUGUGGACUUCCUUUCCCUUCAGGCGUGGGUGGCAGUGUCACAGUUUGUUUAAAGAGUUGACCGAAGUCUUAGUGCAACUCUCCUCUAGGAGAAUUUUAGGGAAGAAAAAAACUUUUAAGUAUAAAGAAAAUGUAUAUUAUGUGUUCCAAAGAGAAAUUCAAAACUCUCUAAAAAAGCGAAGUUGAAAGUGACAAAGUCAAUUUAAAGAUGUAAAUACGUGAGCGAUAAGAAAGCUUUGCAUGUCAGUGUUGUAUGUAUGGUAGCGUAACACGUGGCAGCGGGAAGCGCCGUGCUGGGCAGCUACUGCGGCUCUUUGUGCCACUCAAACGCUUGGACCGUGAGCGUUUUGCGAAUACACACCUCCAGUAGGUGCUUGUACGUUAGUGCCAACGUGUCGGUAGUUCUCCUAACCCUAACCAAAACUUUAUGGAAGUCUAAAAUUCACAGAAAAUUACCCUAAUGAAAGAGGAUCUAUGAAACAAAGUUUUGAACAAUGUACUUUGUACCAAAUACAGUCUCUUAUUUUUAGCACUUUGUAUUACAAGACAGUUUACGGUGAUAGAUGGAGUGUCUCAUAUGGUCGUCUAUGACGACCAUGUCUUGCACGAGGGGGACUUGCAUCCAGUUUACUAUGGGGUUUUUUUUUUUUUUCUUUUUUUUCUGUUUUUAAAUUAAAAACCCAGAGUUGAUCCCUCUAUUUACACACCUGUUUGUCAUCGGACUUGGGCACCUGUGCUCAGGGUUGGCGCCAUGCUGCGAGUCAGAGCCGUGAUCAGGAGGACAGUGCAGCCAUGUUUGGUGCUGUCACACGUGGCCUUUUCUGGAGCGCUGCAGCCACUGCUCCUGAGCGGCGCUUAAGGUUCAAAGCCCAGCGUGUUUGUGUGAAACACUCGGCCGGGUCGCUGUUGAGCUUUGGCCUGCUGGCGUGCAGCUGACUGAGUGCGGUUUGCGUAUCCUGUUCUCACACAGUGGACACGGCGAGCGAGAGCAUGGCACAGGCGUCGCAGACACCCUGCAACUGGGAAUCCUGACUGGUUGUUGUUGGAGGCCCUUUGUUUGCGCCGGCUCCUUGCGCGUGAGUGCGUGCGUGAGUACGCGCACGCUGUGAGGAUGGUUGAACCGCUGCUGUGAUUCAGUAAGGAUCCCCAGCAACACACAACUGAGCAUUAAGCUUGCAGCCUCAUCACUGGGCUUUUACACUACAUAAGGGAGCAGUGCAGUUCGCACACCGCUUUAGAUGCUCUUGCAGAUGUGCCGGUUCCUCAGUGGUGUGUGUUCCUGCCUCACCAAGCUGCUCCUGCUACACUGGUGGUCCACACUGUCGCUGAACACACACUCCAUGUUGAGGGAUUGAGCCUGCUCUCGUGCUGGGCUUCGCAGGCUCUCCUAUCUCCUACCCCUCUUUGGAGAAACAGUUUGUCAGUCGUGGGCUGUGGGUCCAACACCAGUAAAAGCUGAGUCCUCAUCGUGUGUGUGUGUGUGUUUGUGUGUGUUUGUGUGUGUUUGUGUGUGUGUGUGUGUGUGUGUGUGUGUGUGUGUCGGGGUUCUGGACUGUGUCCCCUGUAGGUCCCUACAGAGGAUUUCACCUCCUGCCUUGAGUCCCGUUUGUUUCCAGAAGAGCACUUUUACUGUAGCACUUAACCUCUCGUUUCCAGUGGCGACGGCGAUGGCAGCAGGAUGCCAAACUGACACUGUUCACUUGGCCAUUUUACUGUUUCCUCUCGCAGUGACAGACAAUCACUUCCCCCUUUAAACAGCCUUAGUUUCCAUUUGUUACACCUCCAGUCUGUUGGGUGAACGUUGUCACGCUUCCUGCACCGGAGUCAAACUGAUGCAGACUUGGAAACUGUGCAGCGCCGAUGGGCAUCAGAGCCGUCUCCCACUCCCCCAGAUACGGGUCGUGUCAGUUCAGGUUUUUGCAUUUCAUAUCAAACCAAGACAAACCAGCCAAGAAGCUUCUAGAAUGUGUUUUGAGGCUCAGGAUCCUUUGGCGCUGGUCGCGUUCUUCUCAAGGUUCACGCAAACCAGUUACUGGCUUUUCAGGCAGCUGAAAUCAGCUGUCAUGUAACACUUCACAUCCAAUCGGGACCUGCUGUUUCCCUCCCUUUUCCCCCAUUCGGACACUAUCCCCUGUAGGUGGGACUGUGGUGGCGUGCUGCACGCGCUGCAUGUUCAGGGCAGCUAGUGAUGUCGGUGAGCACCACUGACAGACAGGUCGUCCACUAUAAGCCUCAAAGAAACAUGUCUUGAGGCGUGGUUUUCGAACCCUGGUCCUGCCGUUAAGUGAAUCCAGCUGUCCUUGCUCGGUUUCCUGUUUCAGCUGCCUUAAACAUGUUUCUCUCAUGAGGCUAAACGCACGCUGGCUCAGGAACACGUGUAAUGGUGCGGCCCUGUAGCUGAAAAAGAUGUUUGAGGUCGACGUCCACGGGUCGUCAUUGUCGCCGCCGCCUGCAGUCGGGGGUCCGGACCCCCAGGGACAGGCGUCGCAGCAGAGCUCUUGUGUUCCGAUAAAGAGAUUAUGGUUGAUUUGUGUUGGACCUUUCUUUCGAAUGCAGUCUAAAAGUCUACUUGUUAAAGUUGCCUUUAUAUAUACACAAGUAUAAGUAUAAGUAUACACACACAGAGAGAAAAUUGUGUAAUAAAAGGAAAGAAUGAGCAGAACUUCCUCCCACUGUGUCCGAAGGAUAAUGGGGAUUUAGGAGGAUUUUUGAAUGUAUUCCAGUGUGAUUAUUUACAUGCAUGGAUUUAAUACUGAAGUUUAGAAGAUUUAUUUAAAAUGGAAGUGUAAACACAUCUGUAUGUGUGCAUCUGAUGUAACAAGACAAAGGUACAAAUAUUUUUUAAAAUAUUUUUUUAUGGCAAAGCCACCAUUUUAGCAGAGGUGCGGAUAGCGUUUGCAAAGCAAAGGCACAGUGCCGCAUGUGGAGAUGUGAUCUCUGAAAGCUUUAGACAAACUGUGACACGGGCAAAGGCGGUUAAAGAUCCCACGCGGGGUCCCCAUUGGCUGGCGGCUGGGCGGGGCGCGGCCUCACGGGCGGAUGUUCCCAGCGCUCGCUUAAUCCAAAGAGCUGCAGCAGAAGGUGGGAAGCGGAGGAAAAGGAAGCUGUUGACUCAUGUUCUGUGUUGCGUAGUUCUGAUGUAAGCACUAGAAGUCCUGAAUGUCUCCGUGUUCUUUGUGUAUCAUUUAAUCGAUGUGUAACGUUCUUUGCGGAACACCUGUGCUUGGCUUAUGACAUGUGUUUUUGUACACGUUUAAAAAAGACAACUACAGUGGAGAACGGCUACCCGUGUGUUUUCCAGCAGUACACAGAAUAAAAGGAACUAACCCGGAGCGGCGACGGCACUUUGCUCGCUGUCACAGAAACACGUGUGUUUCUCCGCAGCCCGGCCGUUUGCUCUCCGACUCCUUUUUUCAAUAAACAUUCUUUAUAAAGCAUCUCUCGUUUCGGCGUCUUCCCAAGGAACCGUCUCUCUCUGUGUGUCUCGCAUGGUUCUUUCGUGGAGCUCCUUUUGUUGGUCACGCGCUCGUUCUGUCACGUCACCGGUGGAAGUUAUCAUUUUCAUUGUCUCACGAAAGCCGCAAACGUGAGCGUGACGGAAG